AUGGGGGACGAAAAGCCCAUGGAAGGAGUCAAGACUGAGAGCAAUGAUUAUAGUAAUUUGAAGAUGGUAGGGCAGAAUGCUUCUGUGGGGCAGUUUAGUAUUAAGACGCAUAUAUCACUUAUUAAGAUAACGGAAGCUUAUUGUGAACAACAAGAUUUGUCAAUGAGGCAGAUCAGAUUCCAAUCUGAUGGACAGCCAAUCAAUGAAACAGAUACACCUGCACAACUGGACAUGGAGGAUGAAGAUACAAUAAUGCGUUCCAGAAUCUGA